AUGGUUCCAGGGAAGAGUUACAAAUUAACAAAACAGAUCAUAACAGACACAUGUGAUGCUUGUGAUAUCAACAGGGGUACAUCAAUGACAAAAUUAAAGAAAGAACUUGAUACUCAAGACGGUACAUUUAUCUGUAAAGAAGAGGCACAGCUAUUGAUGAAGCAUAAACCAGAUAUCAAUGCUCAGAUAUUUGAUGGCGGUACUGCUUUAUAUUUCAGUGCAUUUAAUGGAAACAUGGACAUAACACGGUUACUGUUAGAGAACAAUGCUGACUAUAACAUCAGUAUCCAUAGUAAACAGUCCAUAACAGAUACAAUGAAUAACCAUCCAAGUAUAACAUUGGACAAAAAAAAACAAUACUUAUUUGAUAUCCUUGUAAAGCAUAUAUCGUCACAUGUAACAGAACACGUCAGUAAGAAGUCAUUAGAUUAUGCCUUUGAUGUAGAAGCUGGUUCCUCUCCAUUACACAUAGCCUGUUUUAUGGAUAGGAUAAAUGUAGUUCGUUGCCUUAUUGACUACAGUGCUAACAGCAACAUGACAAAAGGAGAUGGAACAACACCAAUAUUUUAUGCAUGUGAAGUAGGACAUGAGGAUAUUGUACGAGUAUUGUUAGAUAAUAGAGCAGAUGCACAGAUAUGUAGAAUAGAUGAGAAAUCCCCUUCAGACAUUGCAACAGAUAAUGGACAUACAUCUAUAGUAAUGAUUGUAACAGAACACAUGAAAAAGAAGAAACAAUUUCCUCUUUAA